AAUCCGCUUCUGUUUGGCCCAUUCGCCGUUUUCGAAUCCGUACCCAACACAGUCUCUCCCGUUUCUACAUGAAGCUCUCUCUUCACUCCAUCACGACCGUCCGAUCUUUUUGUCGUCCGAGGGUUGGGAAAUGAAGAGGUGUAGGAAUGGGGAGGUAUGGGAUUUCGAGGAGGAAAUGCCGAUAUCGCCAGAGGCGUCGGAUGUGAUACUGGGCCUUGAUGGAGGGACAACAUCCACCGUCUGUGUUUGCAUGGCAAUGCCUUUCUCCGACCGACUGCCUGACCCUCUUCCUCUCCUCGCUCGCUCUGUCGCUGGCUGCUCCAACCACAACAGCGUCGGAGAAACUGCAGCCAGGCAGACAUUGGAGGAGGUCAUGGCACGGGUCCUUAUGAAUUCUGGUUCAAAUCGCUCUGCCGUUCGAGCUGUCUGUUUAGCUGUAUCUGGUGUCAACCAUCCAACGGAUCAGGAGCGAAUACUGAAUUGGCUUAGAGAUAUAUUUCCGAGUCAUGUCAGGCUCUUUGUUCAAAAUGACGCCGUGGCAGCUUUGGCUAGUGGGACGAUGGGAAAACUUCAUGGUUGUGUCUUAAUUGCUGGUACUGGAACCAUUGCCUAUGGGUUCACUGAAGAUGGAAGAGAAGCUCGAGCUGCGGGUGCAGGACCUAUCCUCGGUGAUUGGGGCAGUGGCUAUGGAAUUGCUGCACAGGCAUUGACUGCUGUAGUGAGGGCUCACGAUGGCCGUGGUCCUCAGACAAUGCUUACGAGUCAUAUCAUGCAUGCACUUCGGCUUCCUUCACCAGAUGAACUCAUUGGGUGGACCUAUGCAGAUCCAUCUUGGGCACGUAUUGCGGCCCUUGUUCCUGUGGUCAUGUCUUGUGCUGAAUUGGGUGAUCAAGUUGCAAAUAAAAUUUUACUAGAUUCUGUCCAAGAGUUGGCUAUGAGCGUGAAAGCUGUUGUUCAAAGACUCGGCUUGUGUGGCGAAGACAGAAAGAGUUCUUUCCCACUCGUUAUGGUUGGAGGUGUUCUCGAAGCCAAUGAGAGGUGGGAUAUUGGGAAAGAAGUCAUUAAAUGCAUCUCCAAGGACUACCCUGGCACUUGCCCAAUUCGACCUAAGGUGGAGCCCGCUGUGGGAGCGGCUUUGCUGGCCUGGAAUUUCUUCAUGAAAGAAUCAGAAGGCUGCCGAAGAAGCUGACACUGCCUGAUUUCAAACCCCAUCUUGGAUGGAAAUGUUGAUUUGUACAGUGUGAAGUCAGCAGGAACAGAAAAAUCAUCAGUGUAUAGUACACAAUGCCAUCAGUUUUUUUUUUUUUUUUACUUUGCACAAGUGAGGCCUGUGGUUCAGUGAUCCAAACCAUCUAUCUAAUUUGCUUGAUUAGCCCAUGCACCAAAUCUUUUAGUCAGGAGGUCCUGAGCAUUGAACCGAGGCCCGACUAUCACUGUGUUUCUUUCUUAACUGUCUAUUUUCUGUUCACCAAUUGAAGGGUGAAUAUUUGCCUUCCUGGGAGAUUUUUGGUGGAUGGCCCAUCCAGAAUGGGACUAAUGAUAUUGAUGGUUUGGAUCAAAACAAAAAAGCUAUUGCAAUGUUGAAUCUGUUGGUAUGAGCAUUGUCAUAUACACCUCAAGGUGUAUUCGUGGUUGCAACUUGUAUUUGGUUUUCAACAAUGUUCCUGUUUUAUCAUGUAAAGGAAAAUGUAAGAAAGCCCAUGUGUUUCUUGGGCA